GUUCUGGAAGCUUGGGUCGGUAUCUUCUCGAACACUCUGAGAUAGUAUAAAACCAGCACCGAGAUUUACUCAUCAAAUAGAUUACCGCUUGAAAUAUCUUCCUGAUUUUGCAGCGCUCGACACAUUCCAGGGAUUAAGAUGCCUGAGCUACAUGACCAAACGAUGGAGGAGGAGACUGAGACCUUCGCAUUCCAGGCUGAAAUUGCUCAGCUGAUGUCCCUGAUCAUCAAUACUUUUUAUUCCAACAAAGAGAUCUUCCUUAGGGAGCUUAUCUCCAACUCUUCAGAUGCUCUAGACAAAAUCCGCUAUGAGAGUCUCACUGACCCCUCCAAGCUUGACUCUGGCAAGGACCUCAAAAUCGAAAUCAUACCCAACAAAGAGGAGCGCACCCUCACCUUGAUUGACACGGGCAUCGGCAUGACCAAGGCCGACCUGAUCAACAACCUGGGCACGAUUGCCAAGUCUGGCACCAAGGCUUUCAUGGAGGCUCUGCAGGCUGGAGCGGACAUCUCCAUGAUCGGGCAGUUUGGUGUGGGUUUCUACUCGGCCUACCUGGUGGCUGAGAAGGUGACGGUCAUCACAAAGCACAACGAUGAUGAGCAGUACAUGUGGGAAUCCUCUGCAGGGGGGUCAUUCACAGUUAAACUUGACAACUCUGAACCCCUGGGACGCGGGACUAAGGUCAUCCUGCACCUGAAAGAAGACCAGAGUGAGUACUUUGAAGAGAAGAGGGUCAAAGAAAUUGUGAAGAAGCAUUCCCAGUUCAUCGGCUACCCCAUUACACUCUUUGUGGAGAAAGAGCGGGACAAGGAGGUGAGUGACGACGAGGCUGAGGAGGAGGAGAAGGACAAGGAAGAAAAGGACAAGGAAGAGGACAAGGACGAGGACAAGCCUGAGAUCGAGGACGUCGGCUCGGACGAGGAGCAUGACCAUGACCACGACAAGUCUUCAGACAAAAAGAAGAAGAAAAAGAUCAAAGAGAAGUACAUCGAUCAGGAGGAGCUGAACAAGACCAAACCUCUGUGGACACGCAAUCCAGAUGACAUCACCAACGAGGAGUACGGAGAGUUUUACAAGAGUCUAACCAACGACUGGGAGGACCACCUGGCAGUCAAGCAUUUCUCAGUCGAAGGUCAGCUGGAAUUCCGCGCACUGCUCUUCGUGCCCCGGCGCGCGCCCUUUGACCUGUUCGAGAACAAGAAGAAGAAGAACAACAUUAAGCUGUACGUGCGCAGAGUCUUCAUCAUGGACAACUGUGACGAGCUCAUCCCAGAGUAUCUCAACUUCAUUAGAGGCGUUGUGGACUCUGAGGACCUUCCUCUGAACAUCUCCAGAGAGAUGCUUCAGCAGAGCAAAAUCCUGAAGGUGAUCCGCAAGAACCUGGUCAAGAAGUGCCUGGAGCUGUUCACAGAACUGGCUGAGGACAAGGACAACUACAAGAAGCUCUAUGAGCAGUUCUCCAAGAACCUCAAGCUUGGUAUCCACGAAGACUCCCAGAACAGAAAGAAGCUGUCAGAACUGCUGCGGUACUACACCUCUGCCUCUGGAGACGAGAUGGUUUCCCUGAAGGACUACGUCACGCGUAUGAAGGACAGCCAGAAGCACAUCUACUACAUCACAGGAGAAACUAAAGACCAAGUUGCAAACUCCGCCUUUGUGGAGCGACUGCGCAAAGCUGGCCUGGAGGUCAUCUACAUGAUCGAGCCCAUUGACGAGUACUGCGUCCAGCAGCUGAAGGAGUUCGAAGGAAAAAACCUGGUUUCAGUGACCAAGGAAGGUCUGGAGCUGCCCGAGGACGAGGAGGAGAAGAAGAAGCAGGAGGAGAAGAAGGCUCAGUUUGAGAACCUCUGCAAAAUCAUGAAGGAUAUCUUGGAGAAGAAAGUGGAAAAAGUCACUGUCUCCAACCGUCUAGUGUCUUCACCCUGCUGCAUCGUCACUAGCACCUACGGCUGGACGGCCAACAUGGAGAGGAUCAUGAAGGCCCAGGCACUGAGGGACAACUCCACCAUGGGAUACAUGGCUGCCAAGAAACACCUCGAGAUCAACCCCGACCACCCCAUCAUGGAGACGCUGAGGCAGAAGGCAGAGGCCGACAAGAACGACAAGUCUGUGAAGGACCUGGUCAUCCUCCUGUUCGAGACCGCCCUGCUGUCUUCAGGAUUCACACUGGAGGACCCACAGACUCACGCCAACCGCAUCUACAGGAUGAUCAAACUGGGUCUUGGUAUUGACGAAGAUGACGUGACCUCAGACGACACCACCUCUGCUCCCGCUGAGGACAUGCCCCCACUUGAAGGGGACGAGGACACGUCUAGAAUGGAGGAAGUGGACUAAGUCGGCCCCUCGUUCCUGCAAAUGUUCCAAAUUAGUUUAGUGUACAGUUCAAAGUUUAAACGUUGUAAAUGAACUUGAAAAAAUUCUUUUCAUUCUUCCAACAGUUUUUCCUUCAUUUCAUUCCUGUCACUUUUUGUUCGUUGCACUAUUGCAGUUGUGUUUUUGUAUUUAUUGACGUUCCAAAGUUUGUAUUCUAUUACUGUAAAUAUCUUGAAGUUACUAUCGUUUGGAACAGUGGUGCGCAUAAAUAAAGA